CCGCUGAUUUUGUUUGGCGUUCACUCUGAGCGUCGCUCUCUUCUCCACUCUCGCUCGCCGCGGUCUCCCGCCGUCCCGUCGCUCUUUUAGCCUUCUACCUCCAUAUUCAAAGCCAUGGGUGCCAAUCUUUCAAAGGCGUUGGGCAAGCUGUUCGGGAACAAGGAGAUGCGUCUACUCAUGCUCGGCCUCGACGCUGCCGGAAAGACGACCAUUCUCUACAAGCUCAAGCUCAAUCAGUCGGUCACAACCAUCCCGACUGUCGGAUUCAAUGUCGAGACCGUCACCUACAAGAAUGUCAAGUUUAACGUCUGGGACGUUGGCGGCCAGGACAAGAUCAGGCCGCUCUGGCGACACUACUACACGGGCACCCAGGGCCUCGUCUUCGUCGUCGACAGCCAAGACCGUGAUCGUGUGGACGAAGCGAAGCAGGAGCUGCAUAGGAUAUUGAGCGACAGGGAGAUGAAGGACUGCCUUUUGCUCGUCUUUGCGAACAAGCAGGAUCUGCCGGGCGCCAUGUCCCCGGCAGAGGUGACAGAGAAGCUCGGGUUGCACCGAAUGCGGGACCGGUCGUGGUACGUCCACCCGAGUUGCGCUACUACCGGCGAGGGUCUCUUCGAGGGUCUCCAAUGGCUGUCGCAGAACGUCAAGAAGCGCCAGCCAUAAAUGCCUCCCCUUCCCCUCUCGGACCGUCACUUUGUUCUGGAUCUAGAGCUGCAUCUGAAUACCCUUACUCUUGAGUACCCAUUAUGCCUCACACGAGCCUGGCGACGCAUGGUGCCGCGGGCAGAUCGCUUCGGCGUUCCCCGUGGUAUGUUCACGUUUUCUUAUCCAUCCUUUCCCCGUUGUUGUCCAUCUGUUUUCCAUGUCCCCCGCCCUCCGCUACCCGUCGGACUCUUCAGUGGUCGGUAGCGUUAUACCUUACUGACACG